AUGAACAGCUUAAUAAUAGGAACUUACAUCCUUUGCAUAAAUAUGAUCACAAUACAUGCUGCUAUGAUGGCACAUAGUUUACGUACACUAAAAUAUUUAUCAGAUAAAGACAGUGGAUUUAUAAAUAGUGCCAAUCCAGUACCAACUAGGUAUAUGCACCUAAGCCAGAACAGUCAGAAUAUUAGAAAAAUAAAAAGAAAAUUAGAUAGUGCAGUAGAAAUGAAUAAAGAGGGCGUUGAACGUACUUCAAAUAAGGAGUCAGUAAAUAAUAAUGGGGUUGGGUGUACAUGUGGGACAUAA